AUGUCGUCCGCGUCACAAGAAAACAUCCCCUCCGACACCCCCACCUCCUCCACCUCCCCACCGGGAUCGACAACCCAGAUACCCACCGAAAAACCACCCUACCAAUCCGCCGCCUCCUACUUCUCCUACCCAGUCAGCCACGUCGUCUCAGGACUCUACCGCCGCAUAACCGACCCAGACAUAGCCAAAGAAAUGCCCUCCGUCAUGCCCUGGUCACGAUCCUCCUCCUCAUCUGAAGUUUUCACACCGCGCCGAACAGCCUCGCCCUUCCAACCACCACCACUCACACCCCUCAACCUCGAAAUCUCCACAGGGAUAGACCUCCAACAACGACUCCUGACCCGCGCCCUAGCAGAAGAAAUCCGCCUGCUAGUCCCACCCCGCCUCCAACUCGCCGAAACCUGGCGUCUAGCCUACAGCCUCGAUCGCGACGGCGCCUCCCUUUCCACCCUCUACGAUAACUGCGCCGAGUUCUCGUAUCGCAGCCCGCGGGCGGGCUACGUCCUCGUCAUCCGCGAUUCCUCCCCCUACAGCUCCGUCUUCGGAGCUUACAUGACAGACGCCCCACACCCGGACUCGCAGUUCUUCGGCACAGGAGAAUGUUUCCUAUGGCGCGCAAGCGUGCUCCCGCCACCCGCAAGUUUCCCCAUACCAGGCGAAGGGCCACAGUCCGAGGAAGCCCUUGAGCGCGCUGGUCUCCCGCCUCCCCCUUCCGCGGAUACAACUACCGCCGGCCGCUGGAGUACCCUCCGGAAUGACAAGUCGAAACCUGCGCGGGCGGAAUCCCCGGCUCACAAUCUCAAUAUGAAUAUUAAGACCAAUCUAGCUGCUGCGAGUGGUGGAGUCCUGGCGCCUCCGUCGCCUUCUUCGAUUCAUACCCCUUCACGAAGCGGGGCGAGUACCCCCGAACGUAUUCGCUUCAAGGCUUUCCCGUACAGUGGGGUUAAUGAUUAUAUGAUCUUCUGUGAAACUGGAUUUCUCAGUCUAGGAGGCGGUGACGGCCACUACGGUCUGUGGCUUGACAGCGGUCUCGAAAAGGGUGUUAGUUCAGCCUGCCAGACCUUUGGAAACGAGCCUCUUUCCGAUGAAGGCGUUAAGUUCGAUGUCCUUGGAGUGGAGGUGUGGUAUGUCGGUUCUUGA